GUUCGGUUUUGUUUUGUUUUGCUUUGCUUUGUUGUCCAUCGAUCGCUGUUAUUAUUGAAAAUACCUUUUCAGUAAAAUGUUGUUGCUUAACUAUGUGACAAAAGACACAAUUUAGUGUGUGUUCUGGAAAGUUUUAGUUCUGCAUUGAGUGUUGUAUAUUAGAAAUGGAGCAAGAUAAUUCCGUUUCGUGCUCUUCUGAAAGUAGUGUUUCAGAAAAUAGGGAUUUCAUAACAUAUUAUCAUCAAAUACAACCCUCUACAAGCAACUAUCAUCCAGUACAGCCCUCUGCAAGCAACUACCAUCCAGUACAACCCUCAGCAAGCAACUAUUAUCUAAUACAACCCUCAACAAGCAACUAUCAUCUAAUACAACCCUCAACAAGCAACUAUCAUCCAAUACAACCCUCAACAAGCAACUAUCAUCCAAUACAACCCUCAACAAGCAACUAUCAUCCAAUACAACCCUCAACAAGCAACUAUCAUCCAAUAAAACCCUCAACAAGCAACUAUCAUCCAAUAAAACCCUCAACAAGCAACUAUCAUCCAAUACAACCCUCAACAAGCAACUAUCAUCCAAUACAACCCUCAUCUAUCAGCUCUCAUCCAAUACAACCCUCAUCUAACAGCUCGCAUCCAAUACAACCCUCAUCUAGCAACUCUCAUCCAAUACAACCUUCAGUUAGCAGCUCUACUAACUAUUAUCCUGAUCCUUAUGAUAUAACUGAAGAUGAUUUACCCUCCAUUCCACUUUAUCAGCAUUCUGCAAGUAAUACUCAGCAACCUGAGUGCAAUUCUGAAUCUAAUCAUUCUGAACCAUCUCAAGCUUCAGCACAUUCGCAUGAAAGUUCAUCAGAUGAAGAAAAAUGUACCUGUAAUAAUGAUGAUUCCCCUUACGAUAGUGAAGCUGAAAGAAGAUCAAUUUUAGGAGAAAUUAUAGAUGAUAUUUUUGAAGAAAUAGUUAUAGAGCAUUGUUUUCGAAUGCAUCAAGCUGCAAAACUUGGAGUACUUACUUUUGAUGAUGCAACUGAGUAAGUU